AUGGACUUUGUUGUGAUGAUAUUGACAGCUGUUGGAUUUGUGACUUUCUUAAUGCCAAGCAAGGAUAAAUAUUGGGUUCUACUUUUGAGGUUUUUCUUAGUUGACAUUCCAAGGUUGGCUUCAUUUGUGUUACUUUUGAGAUUCUAAGCUUCUCAGAAUACGAGAUUGUUUAUGUUUGUUGCCAGAUUCGUUACAUUACCUAUUGAAGGUAUCCUGUUUAUAUAUGCUUACAAGAGUAUUAAAGGAGCUAGCAUAGGUAUGGUUUUCUAUUAUGGCUUCUUUCUACUGAUGAAUAUAUAUUUUGGAUUCAUGAUUUACAAGUAUUUCUUGACAACUAGCUAAGAAGAGAUAUAAAUUGAAUUAGAGCGACUAGGGGAGGAGUAAGUUGAUGUGAUUACUGACGAAUAAGCUGCAAAAUAGCGAAUCAUGCUAGAUCAAAAAUGGGCAGGAAAUAGAGCAAUGAAUUACGACAGUACACAGCAAGACGACUUAAGUCCAUAGUACAAGAAUAACAACAGAGAUGUCAAGGUGACUAUUAGUUUGGACCAUAUAAAUGAAAACGACGAAGAUGAAGGAGAGGAGUAAUAUAUUUUCAAUCAAAAUGGCCUGCAAAGUUAAGUUAAAGAUAAGAAAGCCACACCUGCUAAUAGAUAGAAUCAAUUGAACAUUUUUGAUGUGAAUCCAGAGGAAAUACACUUGGAUGAAGAAUAUUUGACUAAAGAUUAUAAAUAGACUAAUAAUGAGGACAAAAUUGAUCAUCAAAUUCAGAUAGUCGAUGCUGACGACAGUGAGAGGUACAAGAUUUGA